AUGCGCUCGCUGCCCACCAAGCAGGGGGCCACCAUGAAAUCGCUCCCCACCAUGCGAUCUCUGCCGCCCUGCCAGGAGAGCGACGGCGAGUCAUCGGAGACUGACGACGAGUUCGACCACCCGCGCGCGCUCGGGCGAGCGGAAUCCGGAGGCGGCUGCGCACCCGAGAACCCACCCGAGAACGGGCAGGACUCCGCCUGGGCGGGCGCCGGCGGCGCCCAGCCGGCUGCUCGCGAGCGGCCGCCGUCUCGGCCUGGAGGCGUCGAGUUCCACGGCGUCGCCGGGGCGCAGCCCGCCCACGCUCGGCCGGGCGUGGCCGCGCCCGGCUGGGGCCGCGGCCGGGUGCGGCGGCCGGCAGGCGCAGGGCGGGCGGGAGCCGCCCGCGGCGCGCUCGCGGCCGCCAGCAGGGCGCUGGAGGGGCAGCGGGCCAGGCUCUUGGAGCAGGAGCAGCUGCUGGCAGAGCUCCAGCGGCAGGUUCAGGAGAUCAGACAGAACAUUCUCCAGCAGGAGCCCGACCUGGUGGAGCUGGAGCUUCAGAAGGGUGAUCUCAUGGGCAACGUGCUGGUGCCGAUCGACAGGGCAGCUCCCACCGCCCUUAGCGCUCCAGACACCACUACGCUCAUGGUCCGCAGCAUUCCGAUGGCUGUGACGCAGAGAGGUUUGCUUGACCUCAUCGACAGGUCUGGCUUCGCGAACCGCUAG